GUGACUUCCCUGGUCUGCCACCCCUGCGGGCUGGACAAGUCUUCCUUUCGGAAAGCUUCUCUGCCUCCACCUGCCGUCUCUAUACAUGUCACUCUGGGCCAUGGCCACCGCACCUCUCUACAACAAGGUGUGGGUGCGAUCCACCUCAAGACCUCCAGAGGCAAGAUCAUUAUCAUCCUUUGUCGAGACUCUGGUUAUACAAGAACCAACCGUCCCUUGCUUCUGCUCUUCUGCUCGAGCCAUCGAAUCAAAGGUGGAGUUUGAUAUUGACCUCGCACGAACCGCCACUCCAUCACUCAGCUGGGAGACAUCAUACCCAAAGCAGGCUUCUUUGAACAAGACAAAAAGGUUGACCUCACCUCUCCCCGGAUGCGAGCCCUCAUCAACAUGGCCUCGAGUCCUCAGUAUCUCGCCCAUGGUGCGCACGACCAGGUUGGCACAAAUACACCUACACUGCCCGACGGCUCAUGCCCUGGUGACCAACCAACAACCGUCUCCGCCUAUCCAGAUCCAGACCAGAUUUACUCUUCCGUCUCUUCGGCUUUUGAUCAGCCUGCCAUUGUCGACGACGACAAUCUCUUGACUCCGGUGUCUAGCGCUGCUUCGCCGCCUUUGCACCAGCGGUCCAAGCUCCAGUCGCCGUACCACCACCAGCCGCAGGACUCUCCUCAGUGCCCACAGCAGCCAACUCCGCCCAACACAUCCACGAUGUAUCCCUACUCAGACUACGUUAACAGCACAAGCCAGGCGUCUUCCCCGAUGACUGUUCAAGCCACAGUGACCCAGGCAUCAUCACAUGAUAUCCUCGGGCCCUACAUCCAAAGCUCUCCAGGCCACGAAGAAACCAUCCCUCCACCACAAUCAGCCCCAUACUUUGGUCACUACAGUGCAUCUAGCGUGUCUGUUGGCACAGAGCCAGAUGGGUUGCCCUCGUGCUAUAUAACAGAUGUCAUGGCCGAGAAUCCCUACGGGUUGAUGCGUGGCCUGCCAGACAUCCACAGCGGAUCCUACACCCACAGGCCGCUGGCCCCAAACAUGCUGCAGCAGCCUCAGCAGCCCCAGUACCGCCGCGACGUGCUUCCAAUUUCAAGGCUUUCCCCAGCAAAUUAUGGGCGCCCACCACCCGUCCAGGUUAAGAGGCACCCCAGCCGGAAGUCCAGUGCUAGGAAGUCUCGCGUCAAGAAGGAGCAAUCGAACAGCCCGCCAGCCAUGUCCCAGGCCUUCCAAUUUGACGAUGCCAGCAGAGGGGGCAAUCCAGUGGCGCCAGAAGAGGAUGUCUUCCUGGACCACAAGGCACCCGCUGAUCUGAGGCGGCUGUGGACCAUCAGGCAGAAACAUUUUACCAGGAAGGGGCAUGGCAUGUGGGAGAAUAUCAUCAGGGACUUUCUUGGGGCUGAGGAGGCCGACAACCUCAGCGAAGAUAAGAGGACGCAGGUCAAGGCGAACCUGCAGAUGAAGAUUCACAGGGGUGUCUUGAGGCAUGGCAUCUGGCCAGAGCGCAACAAAGCCGCACUGCUCCGCGCCUAUGCACGAUGGGAGGAGAACCGUUACAACGAAAUCUUCAGGCUGUUCAUGCUGGAGCUCGAGAGCGAGGGCCAGCCCCCUGCGUACGAGUGGAAGAGUGUCCACGUCGAGGCUGAGUUGGUCAAGGAGGGCUUGGAGCAGAAACAGCGCGAGCCAUCCAAGGCGCGCAGGAGGCGCGUGCAAAUUCCAGCGCGUCACCGCGCUGCCGGUGGCCACAGCUCCUCACACACCAAGUCGUCUUCUGUACACCAGCAGCAGCGCCUGCCAGCGGUGUUUGACCUGACUCCCGGGUUCGGACACUAUCCCGGCCAGAACUAUGGGCAUCACCAGUAUCAUCCAUAUGCUGUCGGCGGCGGGCACAAGCGGGAGAUGUCAGCCGGGUCGUCGUCGUACGACAUGCUGGUCGAGCAGCUACAUGCUCAGCCCCAGCCGCCGCUGACGGAUGAGCAGCACGAGCAGCUCAUCGACGAGUGCCUGGAGCGGACUCCGUUUGAAACCGACCCGGAUCCCGCAAUGGCAGUGCUGGAGCGACACAACAACAACCAGCAGCAUCAGCAUGACGAUGUCAAGAUGUCCGACGACCCUUAUCCGGAGGAACAAUUGCCACGCAGCCGCCCGUCCUCGUCCUCGCUCCCGGCAAUCAAUGGCAUGAUCGCUUCGGCAUCCGCGUCGCCUGACAUUAACGCGCAACGCAGCGCAGCCGUGGCUAGGCAGGCUUGCGGCGAGCUGUUAAAGCACUCGAGCGGCCCAGCACAACACAGCAACCACCACCAGUACGCAGGUGUGUGAUUUAUUCGGUCGCUGCUGCACUCAGCAUUGCCAAUCGGUUGUAACCGAUGAUGUUGACCAGGAUGACUCGUUUACCAUUCUUCUUCUGCUUCUUGUUCUUCACACCAACCCAUUUUGCGAACCCGUGCCGGCUUUUGGACCUAUUAUGUCCUUCCUGAUGCGGACCGGAUACGAGUACAGCAAAGUUCGGGGCUAAUGCAGCCCUAUUCUACGAGUCUUUCAUCCUCCAGCCGUUUUCCACCCCUCCUCACGGAGGGCUGUUGCCGAUCGAGCCUCGGCGCCUACGUUCGGGAGGAGAGAGGGAGCUAGACCCCCCCUCCCUACUCUUUUAGGGAUCGUGUUUCCCUUUGGCUCUGCUUUCACGCUCCUUUUUUAUCUUUUAUUCUGUGGCACCCAGUCUGAUGCUUGAUACCUCCACACUAUUCGUUAUUUCGCAACUGUUGCUUGCUAUCUGGGGUAAACGUUGGGCUCUUCAAGGCAACAGGGGCCUUAGACUUUUCUUAUGACCUACUCCUCACCACCUUCUUCUGUGCUGGGAAAAAGAAAUUCUCUCCUUGUGGACUCAAAAUUGCGCUACUGGUCGGGAAAGGAGGGCGGUACUGCUGUUAGUAUUUUGGUCUAAGGUUUUGGGUUUGUUUUUCUGUUUGUUUUCAUUCAACGGCGGCUAUGCUUCACAUUUAGAGAUUCCCAAUUUGUUGUCAGUUUUUUUCCCCCUCUUCUAACUACAAAGUCUUCUCACUCUCUGCGCGGAAACGGCUGCCACCAAGGCCUUCUUUUCUAUCCUCAA